AUGGCAAGCUCUCGACCCUCUACGAGUUCGAGUGUUCAUGACGAGACGACUUCCUUCGGCUUCGACUCUCAUGAUUGCAAUCUGUCGACUGUCGGUGAUGGCACCCACAGACUCAAGCUUCUACCACCAUCGCUCCAAAGCACAUCCGAUGCUCACCACAGUGGUGAUCCCAAUCUGCAGCCUCUCGGUAUUCCACAUCGAAAGCCAUAUCUUGGUAUUCCGGACAUCUCUGCGCUCGCGAUAUCGACCGUGUGCUGCAUAUCCGCGAUCUUCGCUGUCGAACACAACAACCUUGCCUGGCAUCUCGGAACGACCAACCAACUCAUCGUCUCAGGCUUCUUGCUCAGCGUGAUGAACCUCUGCCUAGGAAAAUGCACGACCUUCAUCUUCGUCUUGGUCGAAGCGCGCUUCGGCCGAUCGAAACUUCAGAACUACGACAAUAUUCUUCGGAAUGAGGUCCUUGGGCCCAGGCUGGAUUUCGUUUGGCGGACAACACUUGCGUGCUUCAUGGCCUUGCCGAUUGGUUUGAGCGUGGCGUAUAAGACGUUCACGGGUGGUUCGAGUUCUCAUCUUGUGAAUACGACAGCGAUAAUCGGGAUGCCGCCGGAGUAUGGCCUUUUCAACGUUCCGAAUUCGUUCCAGGGGGAUAUCGGUCGAUAUUUCAAUGCCUCUCUGCCACUUCUGUCAGCUUCGAGCCUCGUAGAUUCGGGCAAUGGGACCCAGACUGAACCACCGUUUUCCGAAAGUUAUCCGCAUUACUAUGGCGCGAAUAUGUUGCUUCUUAACGACACAUCGGUCGCCUUGCUAGACCUGCCCAGGGAUGGCCGCUUGACCGAGCUGCAGAACUCCCUUAAAAUUGGCGAGUCACUCCUACUCGAGGCCGAUGUUCAUGGCAGUGUGGCUACACAACGCGAGCCCCGACCUUCUGAGGACCCAGACUUUCACGAGGCUUGUCUCGACAAGAAGAUGGCUGUAGCGACCGCACCUAUGAACGACGGGGACGCCGUAUUCCUGCUAGCUUCAUUAUCCACUUCAGACAACUCGCGAGUGUGGUUCGGCUUCGCGCCCGGUGGCUUGCCAAAGUGCAGCGACUACGGGCCAUACGGGAACAGGUACGACAUAAGACGACAUGCCUGCCACGGCGUCUGGUCGAUCACAAGAGCCGGCAUCGAGCUUUCCUCAGGCUCGUGCGACAGUGACGAAUUGCCAAAGCUCAAUCAGUACAUUUUCACCUCCAACACCUUCUGGCUCGGCGAUACAUUCGUCCAAACGCUCAUGGAGAACGUCGGCAAGUUCUCAAACUUUACGGGUCCGCGCAACGAAUCUCUCUGGAAGAACCCGAGUAUGACGGCAGCCAUGGCUGGUAUCGUCUGGUCCAAGGCAGUCGGUCUCCCGGGAAUGAGGUUCAAUGACACUCCCGCAACACUCAACGGCCAAGUCGGAUGGGGUUGCUGUAACAUCACGCUGGGUGACAACGGCUUAUUGUACGAAAUACCAAACGAGAUCGCCAUCGUGAUUCGACCCACGCUCAAACGUAACUGGCUCCUGUACCUCGUCUUCGCCGUUCAGCCCAUCUUGAUGGCUGCACUCAUGGCCGGAUCAAUCAUCUUGCACUCAGUUCCACUUGGCCAGGGGUUUGGUAUGAUCUCCAUCUUGGCUGGGAUGUAUCGCAACAGAGACCAGCUGGAGGUCUUUCGCGGUGCGUCGCUUUCAGGGGAACUUCGAGAGGAUGUUCGCAUAGGCUUUCUGCCCCGUCACUCGAGUGUCAAGGAUCAACACUGUUCUAUAGAAUGCCAGAUUGGCAGAUCGCGCGAUCAGCUUCCUGUGGGGAAGAUACGGCCGGGUGUGAAGUACUCGUGA